GUUUGCCUAGCAACAGAGUGAGACGUCUACACUCUUCUUCCUCUUACCGAGGUUCCUUUCCGCUCUGCAGGAAUCCCUUCUGCAGUAAUGGACUCUGACACCGGCCGAAGGUCUGCUAAUCACAGGUCGUAACGUUUCUAGGCAGGAAUGAGACCCCCCCACCGCUGAGCUCAACAUGAAAGAGUGGUGGGUGCAUGUGGGUUUGAUCUGCAUCCCACUGGUGGCUGUCUACCUGCACAUCCCACCCCCCCACCUGUCCCCCGCCCUGCAGAAGUGGCACAGUGCGGGGGAGGUGUUCCACUUCAGAGGCAGGGAGAUCUUCUACAGAGAUUCCUCCGGUGCUUUGGGAAGCUCUGAUGUCAUCAUUCUGCUGCACGGCUUCCCCACCUCCAGCUUCGACUGGAACAAGAUCUGGGAGCCCCUCACUCAGCGCUUCCAUCGAGUCAUUGCACUAGACUUCCUGGGUUUCGGCUUUAGUGACAAGCCUAGACCCCACAAGUACUCCAUCUUCGAGCAGGCCAGUGUGGUGGAGGCUCUGGCGGCUCACCUGGGUCUGAGCCACCAGAGAGUGAAUGUGAUGUCCCACGAUUACGGAGACACCGUGGCCCUGGAGCUGCUCUACAGAAGUGACCAAAACCGCACAGGUCACCUGACCUUCAACAGCCUGUGUCUCUCUAACGGAGGUUUAUUCCCAGAAACACAUUACCCACGUUUGCUGCAGAGGCUUCUGAAGGACUCCAGUUUCCUGGCUCCAGUUCUGACGCGUCUCACCAACUAUAUGCUUUUCCAAAAAGGGAUUGGAGACGUGUUCGGGCCGUACACACAGCCCACAGACGCUGAGUUCUGGGACAUGUGGACGGGGCUACGCCACAACGACGGCAACUUAGUGUUGGACAGCAUUCUGCAAUACAUCAACCAGAGAUUAAAACACAGAGAGCGGUGGGUGGGUGCGCUCACCUCCACCUUCGUUCCACUGCACAUGAUCUACGGACCCCUGGACCCGGUCAACCCUCAUCCCCAGUUCAUCCGUCUUUACCAGAAGCUGGUCCAGAGGUCCACCAUCACCAUUCUGGACGAACACAUCAGUCACUACCCUCAGCUGGAGGAUCCCACUGGCUUCCUCAAUGCAUAUUUCAAUUUCAUUCACUCGUUCUGAAAAGAUACUAAAUGCAAUAACCUGUGAUCAUGAAUUAAUUCUCACCCUUAACAAGCCGUUUGGUAUUUUCCAAUGAAUUUCUAAAUGGUCACAUGUGGUGCUGAGACCUUUUCUGAUGAUUACAGCCAGGAGUAAUGCUUCAUCAGAUUGAGAUUUAAUCACCAGUAAUUACCAGCAUCAGUCCCUAAAUAUCAAUUACUACCUAGGAGACAUCAAAUGUGAGCUAUAAAUACCAUUCCUUGUACUAAAUGACUAUUCUGAUAAUGCCAGAGGUUCAUUUAUCGACCCUCUUUCAGCACAACACUGAAAGUUCUGUUGGGUCUGUGAUUAUUUCACUUUCUGUGGGACAUCGUCAGUUUGUCCUUUAAUUGUAUGCAUUCUGAAUGAAUUUUGAUAUGAUUUUCUACAUUUCUCCUGAUGUCAAUGAAAGCCGAAAUGUCAACAUUUUCUCCAAAUAAAACUAGUUUUGUAAAAAAAAAAA